GCGUGACAGCAUGCGUAUCUAAGCAGACAAUAAAAAUCACAUAUCACACUAUCAUGUUAUACAGACAGCUAUUAUAUUAUACAGUAUGUCUUAUGAUAAUAUUGGCCCCUGCAGAAUUGCAAGAGACACAUGGCCACAUCCUUAUUUCUAGUAUCUUUUUGGGAAAUAAAUAUCUUGUUUUGGCUGACUUUUCAUCAUACUGCUUCUCACUAAUAACAACACACAGGCAGUAGUUCCACAAUGUCCCCUCUGUCCACCUCAUAAAUUGUAGUGCCUCUGACUGUAUAAAAUAAAUAACCCAGUGUAAGGUAAAAGGUAUGUAGUAAAUAUAUGACUUUGACCUCAAAUUACCUGUGUAAUUAGCAUGAUGUUUGAAGGUGUUGGACUUUCAAAUGUGUUCAGUUGUGCGCUAUUAUGCAAAUACUUUGGACGAAUGAACAUUGUACCAGGAAGUUACAGUAAAAAAAAAAUCCCGACAAUUUAGCAUAUGAAGUUCCUCAUUCUGUUCGGUGAAUGUAACAGUCUAUGACAGUCCAUUCUCGGCUCUAAUGAAGAGCAAGAUAUACGAAAGUUGUGGAUUACAACAAUUUUUCUUUAUUUGGCUAAAACGCAUCUAUAACUAGUGAAAUUUGACAGACAACAUGGGUUGUAAAAAAUCCAAGCUAAAUGACGGUCUGAAUGGAGGUGUGCUUGAUGGCAAGAACCAACGGCCAGUACGUCCUGACCAAACUGUAUAUGUGAGAGAUCCCACCUCCAGUAAACCAAAUGCUACAAGUAACUCACCUCCUGGAGGUCUCCUGCCUGGUCAGGUAUUCAUGAAAAUGGAAGAGCAAUCUGAGUCUGGUAAAAUAGUUAUUGCACUAUACCCAUAUGAUGCAAAACACAAAGACGAUUUGGGAUUCAAGAAGGGGGAAAGGCUUAAGGUUCUUGAAGAGCAUGGUGAAUGGUGGAAGGCUAAGUCUCUGACCUCUAAGAAAGAAGGGUUCAUACCCUCCAAUUAUGUUGCUGAGGCCAAUACCAUGGAGACAGAGGAAUGGUUUUUUAAGGAAAUUACAAGGAAGGACGCAGAGAGACAACUUUUGGCGCCUGCAAACAAAGCAGGAUCUUACCUCAUUCGUGAGAGUGAGACAUCAAAGGGAAGUUAUUCCAUGUCUAUCAGAGAUGUGGAUGCCCAAGGGACGGACACUGUGAAACAUUAUAAGAUCCGCAUGCUGGAUAACGGAGGCUUCUAUAUCUCUCCUAAGAUCACAUUCCCUGAUAUUGGCAGCAUGAUAAAUCAUUAUCACAAACAAUCGGAUGGUCUCUGUCGAAAGCUGGAGAAGCUGUGUGAUAAACCCAAAGCUCAGAAGCCAUGGGACAAAGAUGCCUGGGAGAUCUCCAAGGAGUCCAUCAAGAUGGUGAAGAAACUAGGAGCAGGACAAUUUGGUGAAGUGUGGAUGGCGUUCUACAACAACACGACCAAGGUGGCAGUGAAGACACUGAAGCCAGGCACCAUGUCAGCUGAGGCCUUCAUUGAGGAGGCUAACCUGAUGAAGACCCUGCAACACGACAGACUGGUGCGCCUCUACGCCGUCGUCACCAAGGUCGAGCCUAUCUACAUCAUCACAGAGUACAUGUCCAACGGUAGCCUCUUAGAUUUCCUAAAAGGUGAGGUAGGCUGCAAAGUUCAGCUACCUAAGCUCAUCGAUUUCUCUGCACAGAUUGCAGAGGGAAUGGCUUACAUUGAGAAGAAGAACUACAUCCACCGUGACCUGAGAACAGCCAAUGUCCUGGUGUCUGAGAGUUUGCUGUGUAAAAUAGCUGACUUUGGCCUUGCUAGAGUUAUAGAAGAUGACCAGUACACAGCCAGAGAGGGUGCAAAGUUUCCCAUCAAGUGGACAGCACCAGAGGCCAUCAACUAUGGCUCCUUCACUAUCAAAUCAGACAUGUGGUCCUUUGGAGUCCUCCUGUAUGAAAUCAUUACCUAUGGAAAAAUACCUUACCCAGGGAUGAGUAAUGGUGAGGUGAUGACUUCCGUGCAGAGAGGUUAUAGAAUGCCCCGCCCUGAGAACUGUCCCACCGAGCUCUAUGACAUCAUGACCAGCUGUUGGAAGAGCAAGCCAGAUGACAGGCCUACAUUUGACUACAUCCAGAGUGUCCUAGAUGACUUUUACACCGCCACAGAGGGCCAGUACCAACAGCAGCCCUAGGAAGUCAAUGUUUGAGUCCCAAUAGGGCUCUGGCCAAAAGUAGUGCACUAUGUAGGGGAUAGGGUGUCAUUUGGGAUGUACAUACAUCUGCCAAUGUGCUAGUUUCAUUAUGAAAUAGUCAAUCCACCAGCAACAAUAUCAGCUAUUCAGCGGAAGUAGAUAUUGUCGGACAAGUUGACUGCUUGUUUAUUUGUUAAGCAAGCUAAAGAUGAAUCUAUGAAUUCAACUUCAUAUUGAAGUAUAGACCUGCUUGUGCAUUUCAGCAUUUCACGGAAAAUGAUCGAAUAACAAAUGGCUUACUGUUGACUGACUCUGAUCAAACCUGUCGAAUAAUUAUCACAUUGAACAGCACAAAAUAGACAUUCUACCACAUAUUUAUUAUCACUUUAGCCAUAUCUGUUUGCCAUGUUGAAUUCAAGCAUACAUUUUACCAGUACAGAUGCUUACCUUUUCAUCUAUUACAUUUCUAUUUUUCUUUAUAUUUCAAGGUACAUUGAUUUAUUUUAGCAGCUGGUCUUUUGGGUUAUUUUCUGAAUUACGAAAAUAAUGAGACUAAUGAUUUAUUUCAUGUAUAUUUGUUGUAUUUUAGUUUUAUUUGCAAUGAGAUAUUGAUGUGUGACAUCACGUGUUUGUGAUUGUAUUAACCUGAAUAAAUGCAAAUGAUAUGUAUCAAUAAAAAUACUUAUUUGCAGAUAUUUCAUAA